CAGACCGCGCGCCAAGCUCACAUGAACCUCGGCGUCCGCCCUCCUCCACGCGCAGGAUCGCUUUCAGCAGCACGCCGGAAUUUGCACAACAUGAUCCAGCAGACCACGAAGAAGAUGGACAUCAACUCCUCAGCGCUCGUCCACUGAGAUUUCAGCGAUGAGAGGACACGUCGUGCUUCUUCUUCUCUUCUUGCGCGCCGGCCGCGUGACUUCGCAAGAUCUGCUACUUCGGCCGUCUUCGGGCUUAGCGGCUAAUCUGGGCACCGGGCUCACCGUGACGCAGCGGAGGACUCGUGUGGAAGUUGAAGGGCCAAUUGAGGAGGGCUCCGCCGCGCAGGGUGAGGAGAGGUCACGGGAGGCAGAGCCUGACAGAAGGAGACCGCAAGGAACCGGGCGGCCACGAUCUCGCCGGAAGAGGAGCUGGCUGUGGAACCAGUUCUUCGUCAUUGAGGAGUACCGAGGCCCCGAACCUGUGCUCAUCGGACGGCUGCACACGGACAUGGACCGAGGGGACGGACACACCAAGUACACGCUGGAGGGCGAAGGGGUGGGCUCGGUGUUUGUCAUCGACGGCAAAACGGGCAACAUCCACGUCACCAAGUCUCUGGACCGCGAGGAGAAGGACCAGUACCGCCUCACGGCCACCGCCACCGACCGCCUGACGGGCCGCGCCCUGGAGCCGUCCUCGCAGUUCAUCAUCAGAGUGCAGGACAUCAACGACAACCCGCCCGUCUUCCCCGCCGAGCCCUACAUCGCCACCGUGCCCGAGAUGGCCAACAUAGGCACGUCCAUCAUCCAAGUGACGGCCAGGGAUGCCGACGACCCCACGUACGGAAACAGCGCCCAGCUGGUCUAUGCCAUCACUGAAGGACACGACUACUUCUCGGUGGACCCGCAGACAGGCAUCCUGAGGACCGCCGUGCCCAACAUGGACCGAGAGACCCAGGAGGAGUACGUGGCGGUACUCCAGGCCAGAGACAUGGGGGGCCACCUGGGGGGCCUGUCGGGGACCACCACGGUCACCGUCAGGCUGAGCGACGUCAAUGACAACCCGCCUCACUUCCGACGCAGUAAGCGUGCAUGGGCAUUCUCCGUGUCAGAGCUGGCGGCGCCGGGCGUGGAGGUGGGCCGUCUCACGGCCACCGACGCCGACGUAGGCGACAACGCGCUGUUGGACUUCACCAUCAUGGACGCUGAGGAGGCGCAGACGUUCAACAUCAGUGCCAGGGAGCGAGAAGCCAUCAUUGUGCUGAACAAACUGCUGGACUACGAGUCUCGCAAUUCGUACUCGUUCACCGUGGAGGUGGCCAACCCCCUGGUGGACCCCCGCUACCUGAAGGACGGUCCCUUCAAGGACCAGGCUAUGGUGCGGGUAAUGGUCCUGAACGCCGACGAGCCGCCGCGCUUCUCCCAGGCCCGCUACCAUCUGGACGUGUCGGAGAACUGCCCGCCCGUCUGCUCGGUGGGCCGCGUGCACGCCGUGGAUCCCGACACGGGACAAAGCGCCAACAUCAGGUACUCCAUCGAUCCUCAGUCGGACCCCGAGGCUCUGUUCCGCAUCGCCUCCGACACGGGAUUCAUCAGCACGGUGAUGGAGCUGGACCGAGAGCGGGAGCAGUGGCACAACAUCACUGUCAUCGCCACGCAGAGGGACAACCCCAAUCUUGUGUCAAGGGUGCUGGUUGCCAUAGAAACACUGGACCAGAACGAUAACGCGCCCGAAUUGGACAGACAAUACACCACAUCGGUUUGCGACUCCACCGCCCCGGGGCAGGUUGUUCAGGUUCUACGUGCUGUCGACCGAGACCAGGGAGGGCAGGACGCGCCGGUCCACUUCAGCAUCGCACCCGAGUCCAGUGCGGCCCUCAACCUCUCCAUCAGGGACAGCGGAGGCGUGACGGCCAGCCUGGUGCUGCAGUCGUCCUUGGAGCCGGCGCCCGGAUACUCGUCGUCCUUAGUCAGCCUCUACGUGCCGGUGGUGCUGCGAGACGGCGCCUCGGGCUUGGCCAACACGGCCACGGUCACCGUGACCGUCUGCCCGUGCCUGCGGGGCGGCAUGCGCACGGAGGAGCGCAGCCCCCGCACGCGGGGUCGGCGAUGGGAGCGGCGCGCCGUGUGCCGGCCAGCGCCCUCCGCCUCGCCCUCGGUCGUCUUCACCCUGGUCAUCCUGAUGGCGGCGCUGGCCUGCGUCACCACUCUGCUGGUGGUGUGCGCGCUGUCCCUGUCACUGAAACGUCAGAAACGAGACGCCCACUCAUCCUUGGAGGACGACGACAUCCGGGAGAACAUCAUCUCCUAUGACGACGAGGGCGGAGGCGAGGCAGACACGGCCGCCUUCGACAUGGCCACGCUCCAGAGCAUGCACAGGAUCCAAAACGUGCACAGGAACAUAUGGUACACGCAACAGAGCGCGCCACCCUCGCGGGCCAGGACGUACAGCGUGACCCGUAACCCCCACCCGUGCCUGGAGCCCGAGCAGCGGCCCGGCUCGGCGCCCCUGUACGGGCGGCUGUGCUACGGGGUGCACACGCUGCCUUCCCUCCGGGACUACUACUAUCAGGCGGGGCCGCUGCAGGCAGGCGCGCAGCUUCCUCCGCCGGGCCGACGCCACCCUGACGCCGCUCCGAUCGUCCGGAACCAGCCGGUGCAGCGAGGCCCUCCCGAGGCGGGACGAGCAAGCGUGUUAGCGGCGCACACGCUGAGUCGGCUGACGGGCGGGACCGAAGAUGGAACGAAGAUGAAUGUUGACACACAGAAGCAGGACCGCGUUAAGUUCACCCCAGCAGAGGUCCAGUCCGUGCCAAUCAGCGGUCCGGCCAGUCUGAGCUGCUCCGACCCGACCGGUUCUUCCUGCCAGAGUCCCAGCAGCUCGUCGGCCAACCAGACUCUGAUCAGCACCGGCGCCACCAGCUGUACCGUCGAGGACACCGACACCGACUGGUCGCUGCCGUCCAUUUCCGAGCGGAGUUACCCCAACGCGAAGCUUCCCGUUUUCACCGUGACGGACACGUACAGCAUCGUGGGCUCGCUGAACGGAAGCGCCGUGGCGACGACUCUACCCAGGACGAUACCUGACGACCAUCAACCCUUACGAAUGGAGGACCUGCUCAACUUCCGUCUGAACCGGGUGACGUCCGACCCAUCGCAACCGCCGUACGACUCCCUGCAGACUUACGAAUUCGAGGGCCGCGACUCACGGGCCGAGUCGCUGAGCUCACUGGGGAGCGAGGACGGGAAGGACGACGACCGAGGCGAGAACGGAAAGGACCCGGACCCGACGGCAGGAGGCAUGAAGGAGCUCAACGUCAAGUUCCAGCGGCUGGUGGCGCUCAUCAGGGAGAGGAAGAGUAGCAAGGAGCAGGAGGCGGGCGAGGAGCCCGCCCAGACCGACCAGGUCCAAGCUGCUCCUUCCCAGACCGCCGAGAUCCAAGAGAAGGCGGUACUGAGGUGGGACUUUUGAGGGAAAGCAUUUGCAUUCCCGGUUUAGUCCCACAAGGAGGAGGCCCCCGGGGAAGAACCUGGAGAGACGACAGGCCUGAUUUACCAAGAGCCCAAAUAGCAGACGCUAAAUUCCGUGUUUAUUCACUGAACCAACUGGAGCAGGUUUCAUGGUUUGGACCAUUGGAAAUUGCCGCAAAACGCAGCUUGAAGUGACAGAAUUGGAAAUGGUAGUCGAGGAGGCAAACAACCAUGACUGAGAAAUCGAGCGGCCCACUAAUUGCUUCAAAGCCACGCGGUCAUCGGAUUCGUCUUCCCAUUCGGUUUUUAAAACCCCAGACAGAAAGCGUGAAAAUUUGUCCCGUAAAAAGGCCACAAGCAAAUUGUCCGAGUGCUCUGAACUGAGCCAGACACAAGGAAAGUUUUGUCAUACGUGAUAUGGCUUCAUUGCUUCUUGUGACUGGCUUCAUGUCAGCCCCCAAAUUCAGACGCUCCAAAAUUGUAUAUUAGUCGCGUCGAUGAUCUGUCGCAAUGAUUUUUGUUUCUGGCAUUUCGCUGUCUUUGCCCCAAUACCCGCCGUCAUGGUUACACAAAGCGGUGCCGUUUGCAGGUGCCUGUCAGUCACACCUUUCGAGAUGCAGAAUCAGUCGAUGCAAAUGUUCUCAGUCUCUCGGCUGGCCUGGGACCGCCUUUGGAAUAUCCUUGGACGAGCUGGACGACGCGGUUGAGGAGCGUCCGGGACGUCUGGGGUUCCCCUGCUCAGGCUGUUGCCUCCGCGACCCGACCCCGAAGAAGUUAGAUGGAUGGAUUCUGGAUUCUUCCAGGAAAACCUGAAAGCAUAGCACGGCGUUUCACGAUCACCUCCCACCACCACCACUGUCAUUUCACAGCCGCCGUGAUGGCAAACGCACAGAUCAUCUUUCACUUUACACGCUGGGCAUUGAAUAAUGCACUCGGGCUUUCAACACAAAACCUUUGAAAAAUGCACAUUGAUUGAAAUAUUCAUUUCCAGCACAGCCGUGAAAAUCUGCAACGUUGGAAAAUGGACCCUCAUCAACUAUUGAGCAGGAUAUGAUAUUGAAUAUGAAUUGGACUGAUCUGAUUGGUUGUCACUGUUGCGGCCUGUUGUGUUCUUUUGUCAAAGUUCAGUAAAACAACAACCUUGUGCAGAUAAAAAAAAAACUGUUUACUGCUGUAGCUGAUUUUGGCUCAUGAGUAGUCAAUCGGUUGCAUGGGGGGGGGGGCGAAUUGAGGAUGAUGGUUACCGGUCGGUUUCGCUACUUUCUUACCUUUCUACCUACUUUUCUUUAUACCUCAGAACAUUCCUGCUUGUCUUUAUUCCGCCCUACCCGCCUUCUGAACAAGCCACCAACUCUCCAGCCUUCCUACCUACCGAGUUAGCUUUAGAUGCUGUUGUUCCGAAUUACCUAGUUACCUUCCUUCCUGUGUACCGAACAACCUUGCUGCUUGAUUCCUUUCCACGUUACGUCUAAAUCUGCAGACAACUUCUUUUUCCUUUCUUCCUUGCUACACAGGAUU